UGACGUCACGGUGUACAGGAACAUGGCGCUUUGGAGGAGAGGUUCUUCAUGAUAAUCAGGGACUAUAACGAUUGAAAUUCCCAUUGUUGUGUUCAUUUAGACAACACUAAAGUACAGACACUAAAUAUGAGAGGCCGCGAAAGGUGACCGCCCCCUCUGUCUCCAUGGAUACCCGACCACUGCGUGUGGUAGCGGCGUUUGCUGUCGUCAGCUGAAACUCUUAGCAUCGAUAGCUAAAGCUAGUUAGCUGGCGAAUAGCCAGACGCAAAAAACAGACAGAAUGUGCUCGUUUAUGUAGCCUAGACUAACGCGAAGCUGCUAUUCAAUGUUUAAAACACUUAAGCCUUUUUUUUUAAAUCAGCCAUUUAUUUGAUUUCACGUAGCUAACAUUUUGUUAGCUAAGCUAUAAGGAUGGAGAACCGCCGUGUAUAUGUUUUGUUGCUGAGCUUUGGGAUUUUUCUAUCGGCUUUGGGACUGUCUGAAGGCGCCCCUCUUCAGUAUGGUCAGAAAUCAGGUGAAGGCACGGGGGACACUUUGUCUGUCUCUAUCUACCUGUCCCUGGUGGUGUCUUUGAUGGUGAUUGUGUCCUUGGUGGUGGUGCUAGUGAACUGUGUGACCUGCUGCAAGGAAAGGGAGAUCAACUUCAAGGAGUUUGAAGAUCACUUUGAUGAUGAGAUCGACUUCACUCCGCCAGCAGAGGACACCCCUUCUAUGCAGUCCCCAGCUGAGGUUUAUACCCUUGCUGUGUCUCCUGUGCCCCUGCCUGGCCCGCCACACCUCCAACCUCCUGCCCGCAUCACAGAGGGAUCAACAGGCUUCCAGGUCGUGCGCCACAGUCUGAGCUACAUCCAAGAGAUCGGCAACGGCUGGUUUGGCCAGGUCCUGUUGAGUGAUAUCUACACAGACCCAGGGACAAGAGUGGUGGUCAAGGAGUUGAAAGCUAAUGCAAGUGCCAAGGAGCAGAAUGACUUCCUGCAGCAAGGGGAUCCAUACAGAGUUUUGCAGCACCCAAACAUACUCCACUGCCUUGGACAGUGUGUUGAGGCAAUUCCCUUCCUACUGGUUUUUGAAUACUGUGAAAUGGGGGAUUUGCGGGGCUAUCUUUCUCAGCAGGACUGGAUGUUCAGAAAUGCUGAGUUGCUGCAGCUGCAGAGGAUGGCCUGUGAAAUUGCUGCUGGUGUCACUCACCUUCACAAACACAACUUCCUGCACAGUGAUCUAGCACUGAGGAACUGCUACCUGACUGCAGACCUCACAGUCAAAGUGGGAGACUAUGGCAUUGGACCCUGCAGAUAUAAAGAAGAUUACAUCAUCACAGAGGAUGAUGUGUAUGCACCCCUUCGUUGGUUGGCCCCUGAGCUGGUAGGCGAGCGCCAUGGUGGCGUAAUUACUAUGGAACAGACCAAGCCAAGCAAUGUGUGGGCAUUGGGGGUCACAUUAUGGGAGCUCUUUGAGAAUGCUGCUCAGCCGUACCCACAUCUGUCUGACCGAGAAGUUCUCAACCAUGUGAUCAAGGAGCAACAAGUCAAGCUGUUCAAGCCACAACUGGAACUUCCCUACUCUGAUAGAUGGUAUGAAAUUUUGCAGUUCUGUUGGCUGUCUCCAGACAAGCGGGCCACAGCAGAGGAAGUACACCGUCUCCUCAUCUAUCUGCGUAUGCAAGGCCAGAAGGACAUAGAAGAAGAUUUCGAGCAACGCUGGGAUGCACUGAAGCCUAACCCCACUAUGCGGCAGACCACUGUUAGCCAUUCCUCCUUCCCAAUCUUGGAACAGUUUGCUGAUGAUGCCCUGAGACAAGAAAUAGAUGAAAUUCUGACUGUGACUGAAACAAGCAAAGGUCUCAGCUUUGAGUAUGUUUGGGAAGCGGCUAAGCAUGACCACUAUGAUGGUAACCAUGGACGUUCAGGCGUAGACACAACACUAAACUACCACAGCAUGUUCUUUCCUGUUUCCAGUGAAGAUAUUCGGGCUCAUUUCCCUGAUCCUUCAACUAGCGCAGCAGGAGGAGAAAGUGGGAACACUCCAGGAUUUCCUGGGAUCUUACCGGUGUUUGAUGCUCAAAAGCCAUCUAAUGGGAAUGAAUAUUAUAUCCAACUAGAAGAGCAAGGGGAGAGCACUGUUGGGGAGGACGGGAAUAGAGAACCAGAUAUGGGCUUUGGUUCAAGCGGGCAAGAUUUUGUUGUGCUCCAAGAUGUGCGGCUAGAUGAGUCAAGCACAGAUGCCGACUUUUUCCACCAAAGUAUUGACUCAAAGGAUUCAUAUUUACCAGACAGCCACAUCUGGUCGUCUCUUGAAAAUGACAGUCCGUACCACACCAACAUUUUUACAGAAGAUGGGUCAAAACAAGAAGACUCGCCUUCCUGGAGGCAGAAUUUUAUGGAGCUUCCAGACCGCAGCGGAAACCCUUUUCUUGAAGGAGGAACUUUAGAGGGUGAAGCAGUGAAUAGAGAUGGAAGUUAUGGGGAUGCUUUUUUAGGGGAACCCACUAAGGUGGUGAAUUCUGUGGAAGCAAAGGAUGAAAACAUGAAUGGAAAAAGUCUUUUGAGUACUGAAAAACUAGCAGAUAAUUUUAUGUUUCUUAAAGAUCAAACCCUAAUGAAGGAGGGUGCUAGUUUCUUAAGCCCACAACCAAAUUUUCUUUUACCUGGUUUAGCCCACGAACCAGAGGAAGCAUUCAAAAUGAAUUCUUGGGAUAAGCUUGACUCGUUAGGCAGCUUAAACACAGCAGACACUUAUUUUAAAUCGGCAGCAAGUAGCACAUCCUCAAGACACGAACUUCUAGACUCUCCAAGUAACAGUUUGGGGGAGUUUUGUCAGUCUCUAGAAAAUGAGACACUGGUGCCUUCCAUUACAGUGGUCACAGAAGAUGACACAAGCAACCAGCUGCCAGCUAGAAAUAGUUCUUCCACAGAAGACCUUGGUCUGUUGCAAUCCUCAAACAGAGGUGUAGACUCUGGUUUUGAUUCUACCUCAGAGAGGUUUGAGGUUCUCAUCAGUCACACUGAUGACCACACCACUGUAAUAUCUGACAGUGCCAAUACAGAUUCUUUGUGCACAGAUGCCAAAAUUCCCAGCCUUGAAGAUGACCUUGGAACCUCAAAGGAUGACACUCAGCCCAUAGAAAGUAAAAUGCCUGAACCCCUGCCAGCUCAAGUAUUCCCUUCAGAUAAUGGACACAGUGAAGACCUAACAAGUAAUGAUUUGUUGAGUGAGCUAAUUGAGGAUGCAGAUAUACAAAUGGAAACCACUCUCUCUGAUCAUGAAGAAUCAUUUAUGGAUACCAAUGGGCAUUCUCAUGAUAGAGCUUCUCUUCUGGUGUCGGGUCCAUCUUUGGACCAGAUCAGCCAGGACAGUUUAUUGGAAGACAGUAUGUCCACCACUGUUCCAACUGUAGAGAACUUUGCUGAAACACCAGACUCAUUAGACUCAUUUGACAUACACAGGCUUGGAGAGCAAGGAGAUGAACUGAAUGCUCAAAUUGCUCAACACAAACUCCAACCUCCAUACAGGAUAUCAGAUAGUGGUUAUGAGACUGAGAACCUGGAGUCUCCUGAGUGGAACUCUCAGCCAAAUGUCCAAGAUUCCUCUCCUGUAAAAAAUGGCUUGAGUGUUACCAAAGAAGAAGAGGAGACAGAAGAGCUCACAACUGCGGCAAAUCUGGUUCCGCCGAAAAUCAUAAUCUCCGAAGUAGAGGGUGUGCUAGAUACUCGCAGUGAAGAUCCCAGUGAGGAAGAUCAGCCAGAUAAUGAAGGUACUGCUGAGGAACCAAUUAUGGGAAGUAAUUACAGAGACUCUGCAUACUUUUCUGACAAUGAAUCAGAACCUGAAAAGAAGUCUGAAGAAAUAACUGCAGGUGGUUCUGUUGAAGACACGUGGCUGAGGAACUCCACUGAUGAGGUUCCCGAGGCUUCUGGAGCUCCUGCACUGGAGGCUUACAAGGAAAAAGAUAUUGACUCUUUAUUUUCUCUACCUGCUGAAUCACAAGCCAAGGAUGUUAAGAAGAUGGGUUCAGUAGCAGAUUCAGAUAUCACAGAAAAUGGUGAAAACCAGGUGGUCGAGUCUACCAGCAGCUCCAAUGAAGAUGGAAUUAAACCAGAGGUUUUCAAGGACACUGCAUUUACUGAUCACCUGGACCCCUCUGAAGGUCCAGAAACCUCAAUACUUCCUUCUAUUGCCCCAGCUAAGCCAGCAACAGAGAGUGUAGUUCACGCUAAACUCACCAGAACCGACACCAGUGAUGGUCAUAAAAUAAAGGAGCCGGAUGUGGAGGGGCGUUACCUGGGGAGGCGGGAUGGGUCGGGCUUAGAUGGGCAAGAAGAUGGCGUAGAUGCAGACGAGGAGGACGAGAACAGCGACGACUCGGAUGACGACAUGCGCGCGUACCAGCUGCACAGCUCUAGCUCAGAAAGCGAGGAUGAAACCGUGCACCCGGUGCCAGUUGUUAUCUCGGACGACAGCAGGGCGAAGAACCUGAAGAGCUUGUUAAAACCCACAUCUCUGAACAUCGGAGCAUCAUCUUUCAUGUUUCCUGCAAGGUUUGGUGCGGAUAACUCCAAAAGAGCCGUGUCUUUCUUUGAUGAUGUCACUGUCUACCUGUUUGACCAGGAGACGCCCACCAAGGAACUGGGUGACCACUCCUUGGAUUCAAACAGUCGGGUACCACAGUUCAGCAGUUCCACGCCUGCUGCCAGCUACCUGAACCGCUUUGCCAACUCUGAGAGCUCAACAGAUGAAGAAGGUGGUGGUUUUGAGUGGGAUGAUGACUUCUCCUCACCCGCACCCGCCUUCCUGUCCAAGACGGGUAAAGACACGGUAUCCAAGGCAAGGUCCUCAUCUGCAGCAUCGUUUUCCUCUCCGGCCCCUGCAGUGGGGUCCAUGCUGGAUACCAGCUGGACCGGCUCUUCAAGCUACUCCCGUUUUUCCAUCUCACCGGCCAGCAUUGCCAGCUUUUCCCUUACCCAUCUUACCGACUCUGAUAUUGAACAAGGAGGAAGCAGCGAGGACGGGGAGAAAGACUAGGGUGCUAAAUGAAGGGACCGUUUAUCUUCACACUACUGUGGAAUGAAGCUACUCUCGCUCUUUUUUUUCUUUUUCUUUCUUUUUUUUUUUUUUGGGAGAACAGCCGAAUAAGGACAACAGACGACGCAGUUUGUGGGGACAAACUGCAGAUGCUUCUCUCAGGCAGAACUAUUCUCAGCGGCGUGGCCAUGAGAACAAAAGGCUGUAAACGGACAUUAGGCAAAUAAGACGGACGAGGCCCAGUCCCAGUCUGAGCCACAUCACCUCUCCAGCUCCGUGUGUGUGUGUGUGUGUGUGUGUGUGUGUGCGCGUGUGUGCGUGUUUGUAUGAUUUUUAGUUCAGUGCAAUUAAAAUGUUUUGGGGAGGGAAAACAAACUAACUGACGUAGCUUCUAAAUGUUUGCUUUAAUGCCUCAUCAUGCGCAUUCCAGGUGUUUGGCUGCUUCUUUUUGUUGUGUGUAAGUGCACUCCUUUUCUAGGACUUUUGCUUCACCAAAAAAA